AUGUCUACCGAUAAAUUAAAAUCUUAUGUUGAAGAAAUAUCACCAUAUCUUACUCAAUGGUAUGUUAUUGCCUUGGGGGGAAUUUUGGUUUGGUAUAUAGGCACCAGUAUAAAGGCUUAUCAAUUUAAGCAAAAGUACGGAUGCAAAGAACCACCAUUAGUGCCUGGAGGGUUUCUCUCGAUUAAGUUGCUAUUGGACUUGUUAAAAACCAAAAGUGAGGGUACAAUGCUUGAAUAUGCAGAGCAUUUUUUCUCGCUAGUGAAGUCUCAAACAUUCAAACUUAAGUUGGCUACGGUACCAAUUAUUUUCACACAAGAUCCAGAAAAUAUAAAAGCAGUUUUGGCUACGCAAUUUAAUGAUUUUGCGUUGGGUACAAGACAUGCACACUUCAAGCCAUUAUUAGGAGAUGGUAUAUUCACUUUAGACGGAGAUGGAUGGAAAAACUCCAGACUCUUGUUGAGGCCCCAGUUUGCACGUGAACAGGUUGCUCAUGUUCAAACAUUGGAACCACAUUUGCAGACACUUGCCGAACAUAUCAGCAACAAGAAGGGAGAGACGUUUGAUAUUCAAGAGUUAUUCUUCAGGUUAACUGUUGACGCUGCCACCGAGUUUUUGUUUGGGGAAUCUGUCUACUCUUUACGUGAUGGAACGGUUAAAGACGUUGCGCCAUUAGAUUUUGAUGGUAAAUCGAGUUUUGCAGAUUCUUUUAACCUUUCUCAAUCUUAUUUGGCUUCUAGAGCUUACAGUCAGAUGUUCUACUUCUUGAUUAACAAUAAGGAGUUUAGAAAUUCCAAUACGAAGGUUCAUAAGUUCUGUAAGCAUUAUGUGGAACAAGCUUUAGCUACGUCGCAGGAUGAAUUGGACAAAAAGUCCAAGGAUGGUUACAUUUUCCUUUAUGAAUUAGUCAAGCAAACCAGAAACCCUAAGAUCUUACAGGACCAAUUAUUGAACAUUCUCUUGGCCGGUAGAGAUACUACUGCGGGUUUGUUGUCGUUUACUUUCUUCGAAUUGGCCAGAAAUCCUGAUGUGUUCGAAAAGUUGAAGAACGAAAUAUACACUCAUUUUGGAGAUGGUGCCAACCCUCGUAUUGAAACUAUAACAUUUGAAUCGUUGAAGAGAUGCGAGUACUUGAAAUUUGUUUUGAAUGAAGUGUUAAGAUUAUACCCAUCCGUGCCUAUCAACUUCAGAGUUUCAACUAAAGAUACAACUAUUCCAAGAGGCGGAGGUCCAGAUAAGCAGGACCCAGUUUAUGUUGCAAAGGGUACCACCGUAGCAUACUCUGUUUACACCACUCACAGACUCGAGCAAUACUACGGUAAAGAUUCAAGAGAAUUCAGACCUGAAAGAUGGGCUGAAAAUAAAAAAGUAGGAUGGGCUUAUGUACCAUUCAACGGUGGGCCAAGAAUUUGUUUAGGUCAACAGUUUGCAUUGACUGAAGCUUCUUAUGUUGUGGUUAGAUUAAUUCAAAUGUUCCCCAACUUGGUGUCCAGAGAUGACAGACCUUAUCCACCUAGAAAAAAUGUCCAAUUAACAAUGUGCCAUCAGGAUGGUGUUUUUAUUUCCUUAAAUAAGUAG